AAAGAUGUUCUGGUUCGAAGAUCCUCGUCACUGGGGCCGCUAUGGUUGUUAAGCUGAUCGACUGCAGAUACCUACUGUAGUAGUGAUGAUUUUGAUGAGUCGGUGUGGUUGGCUGCAAUCUACUACUGCGUAUUCAACAAUACUCAUGUUGUAACGUCGUUGGAGGAAGAAUCUGGGGGGUUUUGACCAUGAUCGCCCGGUUCAUCUCAGCUCUCGUGUGGCAUCAUGUCAUGUUAUUACGAUCGCUCUCCCCAAUAGUAUAUACGCAUCCACCAGCUUAUCCACUCGUGCCAACGGCAGACCCCAGAUCCAGACGGGAAGACAGACCGGCUCUUUCUCCCUGUUUCAUGCACCACUCAUCCGCUGUCCGGUAUAAUCCGAUAUCACCAUCCACUGACAGGUCAGACGAGAGGGGAAUAACCGUCCGCCAUAGUUGCCGAGAAUAAGGUAAAGCAGGUCAAUG